GUUACGGUUAGGGAGAAAAAUGAAGGCGUUAGUUAUUGGUGGUGUUCCAAUGCUUAGUUGUUCCAGUGGAAUUGGUAAUCGUCGAUUUUGUGUUUCGUGUUCUUCUACUUCGUCUUCAUCGGGACCCAAAACGGUGGGAGUUGAAUUAGCUACGAAGAGUGAAUACAAGCCUGGGGUGGUUGAUGAUUUGUUCCUCAAUUUGUUCCGCAACAAAUUGGUACAGGAGGUGGGAUGGGACUCAAAGAAAGCUGGAUAUGAUGGACUAAUUGAAGUUGCAAACCGUCUAAUGAUGAAGGGCACAACAAAUUCCGAUACCAUAGAAGCUACAGUACGAAUUUUAAGGUCUCUGUUUCCUCCAUUCCUUUUAGAGCUUUAUAAAAUGAUCAUAGCUCCCAUAGGAGGAGGCAAAGUUGCCGCUAUAAUGGUUGCAAGGGUUACUGCACUUACUUGUCAAUGGCUCAUGGGACCCUGCAAAGUCAAUUCUGUAGACCUACCGGAUGGAACCUCAUGCAAUAGUGGGGUGUAUGUUGAAAGAUGCAAGUAUCUCGAGGAAAGCAAGUGUGUUGGUAUCUGCCUCAACACCUGUAAGUUUCCAACACAGACCUUCUUCAAGGAUCAUAUGGGAGUUCCAUUACUUAUGGAGCCCAACUUUGCCGAUUACAGUUGUCAGUUUAAAUUUGGAGUUCUUGCCCCACUGCCUGAAGAUGACACCGUCCUGAAGGAGCCUUGCUUGGAAGCAUGUCCAAAUGCUUCCCAAAGAAGAAUGACUGGCAGAAAUGUUGGUGUCACUGCUUGCCCAAAGACAUGAACAUGAACAUAUUUUUCUUGAGCUUAAAGCUUUGAGAACAUUUAAGUACACUUUUUAUAACCUCUUGCACAAUUCUAGCCCCAGCUUGUGGUUGAAGAUGGAAAUGAAGACAGGAAUUUUCCUCAUAACUAUAAUUCAUUUUCGACUAUUAAGGUCACAUUUGAGAUUAUUAAUACAACUCAUCUUUGUAAAUAUAUAGUUAAUACUUUUGACUUGUUUGUAUAUCAUGAAUGUUUUGCCCGAAUGAAUACACCGAUAACAUCGGAAUUGCAGUUUAUCAAUAUUGAAACAAGUAUGUAUCUA